AUGAGUGCUAAAGACUACUCAUAUUCACAGCGUCCGACGUUAAGACGAAUCAUAUGGAUAUCCUAUGCUAGAUUGAUUACUUUUUUUAUACCUGAUGUCUUAUUGCAUUAUAUAGCCGGCUUACAUACUUCUGGAUCAAGAAUCGCAUGGCGUGAAAAGAUGGCAUUAGUUUCAUUAUUUUUAUUUUCAGCAACUUGUCUAUGCUUUUGGUUGGAAUACGUCUCGAGUCUUUUUUGUAACCCAAUCAAGUACUAUUAUUACCGUGAUGUCCUUGCCAACAAUUCUAAACUUUCAGCCAUUCAUGGUACCGCUGUAGACUGGUCAGGUUAUUCCUCAGACGCAGCCAAUUUUAUAAAAGAGCAUCCUCAUCAGGAUCUAUCUUACAACUUUCCAAGAUUUUUACAUCUUAGCCAAUCCAAUAUUGAUUACAAUGAACCUAUACUCAACAAUUGCAUCUAUUCUUUAAACAUGACAGACAGAGCCGACGCCUGGCUCAAGCAUUAUCUCACAAAGCAUCCUGGAUAUGACUAUCAAGAUGGCACCCUAUUGCACUGCCCUAUUCCCGGUAAGCCCAAUAUGACAGGUGCACCUUGUUUUGAUGGAACAAGUGCAAUGGAUGAAUACAGAAUAAAAGGAGACGUUCUCUAUGAUCCAUAUAGUGUAAAAAAGUAUUAUUCUGCUUUACCUUCAACCAACAAUAUGACAAGACAGGCGUUUGUUAUUUUGGAUGGAGCAGUGCUUGAUGUCACCGCCUAUCUGCUAGGAGCAACCGAUACUGUCAUCAUUGCACCACAUUACACAUCUCGAUCAUUUGCAAUUGAUCGCACCUUUCUUCCAACUGAUUUAUCGCUUUACUUGUAUACACAUCUUGGCACAGACAUAUCAGACUUUUUCGAUUCAGAUGACACCGUAGACUAUGGUGUAUACCGCCAGUGCCUCAUCUAUCUCUUUCAAACAGGUGUUUCGCACAUAUCUGCGGGCUGUGCUCGAAGCAACCCUGCGAUGUGGGCUACCUUGGGCAUAGGAUUAAUCUAUUUCUUUUUUAAAAUCAACUUGGGCCAAUUCAUUCGUAUACCCUUCAUUCAAAGAAUCAUAUCUUCAUCAGCUCCAGAACACUCCUCAUCGCUCAUUUCUCAAUCUCAAGGCUGGCCCUAUACUCUCCUGAUGGUACCCUGUUUUGCAGAAUCAUCAGACACUUUGAAGCAAACGCUAGAUACAUUGGCAAGGUCAAGCUAUGAUGAUGCAAAAAAGCUUCUUUUGUUCGUUUGUGAUGGUGUCGCUGUCAAUGACAAGGCUAAAAAGGAGACCUAUAAACUAUUACUCGAGUCACUUGGUUACAGCAGCUUUAUCGAGGAACCUAUUCCACGAGCCUAUAUCUCGCUGGGCCAAGGUAAACGGCGCAUUAAUUAUGCCAAGGUUUAUUCUGGGUACUACGAGACAGGCCGUAAUCGAGUACCUUACUUGGUCAUUGUCAAGAUUGGUAAUCCAAAGGAACGGCUAGCAUCACAUCCUGCGCCUCCUGGCAACCGAGGUAAACGAGACUCGUUAGUGAUGAUCUUUGGUUUUCUGGAGAGAUGCAUGAAUCUAUCUAAUAACUUGAUCACACCAUUGGAUUAUGAAAUAUUCAAUCAAUGCUAUAAUGUGUUAGGUAUAGAUCCUCGCUAUUUCAAAUACCUUAUGAUGACGGAUGCUGACGUCCAAGUUCAAAGUGAUGUUGUCCAUAAGCUUGUCUUGCGUCUAGAGCACGAUUGCAAGAUGCUUGCUGUCAGUGGUCAUGUCAGGCCGGCCAAUCCAGAAGAAAAUCUUAUUACUAUGAUGCAGAUCUUUGCUGUCUAUAUGGAUUUUUUUUCUGGUCUCGCUUACGAAGCAUGCUUUCGUAGUGUCAAGACAAUCAAUGGCGGCCUCGUCAUGUUUAAAAUAUGGUCUGAAAAGGAGCCUUUAAAGAGACAGCGAAAGAAUCCAGAGCAAGAGGAAACAGCAAACAAGUGGCCUAAAAUAAGCGAUGAAAUUAUCAUUACAAACCCAUUUGCUGACAGCAACAUGGUAGAUGACUCGGCCAGUACUGCAACAAUCAGUAGUGCUGUUUAUAACAGAUCAAUCAUCAGAGCCAGCAAGGCAACAAUAGCAAGUAAAUUACGGCCAGACUCACGUUUGAACCUGUCUCCCAGCAUGAACGUCCAGGCGUGCUGUGUUCACCCAACAGUCCUACGAGGCAUAUGUACACCACAACCCAAUACGAUGCACAUGCAAAAUGUAUUACUGCUAGGUGAAGAAAGAUACCUAUCUAUUGUCUUGUUGGCAUCGCACCCAGACCACCGACUUGGAUUUGCUCCAGAUGCCGAAGGAUACGCCACGCUGGCUAACAACUUCUUUUCCUUACAGGCGUUACAAACACGGCAUAUGCGUGCAGCUUUCCAUAUCCGACUUGAAAUGCUUCGUGUCUCAUGGCGAUUGGGAUUCUCAUAUUGGAUACUAUCUUGUUUUGAAAUCGUCGACACCAUGUUUUCGAUACCCACCACUAUCUAUGUCUAUAUCAUUUUUGUAAGAUCAGUUAAGGGCGUGGGUAUGUCCAACAGACUGUUUGCAUAUGCUUUUGGUGGAUUACUUGCACUGCAUGUCUUGAUAUUCUUUGUCAGUCGUCGAAAAUACAUUAUAUGGUUUGCCCUCUACUGUGUGCUCUCGGUUCCUCUAUUUUCAAUUUGGUUUCCAGUAUUGGCUCUGUGGCAAAGUGACUACGCUGGUCGUUGGUACGAUGUCUGGCCAGUUGCAACCUUACGGCAUCACUCAGCUCGUAGACAUGGGAUUUUAGAAGACGAAGGUGCUCAUGAUCAAACGACGGGAAGAGAAGAAGAAGCCAAAGAUGACGCAAAUGAACUAGUGAGGUUAACUUUAAGUCAAUUUGAUGCGAUUGAAAUGGAAAGACAACGCCAAGCAGCCGAGGCAGCCUUGGAUUCGAACUUUGAAGAGUUCUCAGCUAGCACCCAGCAUCCGUAUAAAAGUGGAACUAGCCAUGCUUCAAAUUCACCCACUGCUAUCUAUUCUCCUCCAACGGCUCAGAUCUGGGACGGGUUACGGUCCACCCGUAUAGCAUAUCAACAUACAGCUACAUCUAGUAGCCUUCAACGCUCCAACAGGCAGCCAACUCUAGAUACCACUCACUCACGGAUAGACAAGAAUAGUACGACUACGAGUAACCCAUUUGACGACGACUACUCGACUGUAGAAUAUAAGAAGCCUGUAGACGCAAAUCAUCGUCGUUGGUUUAACUAUUCCCAUUCAUCAGUUGAAAGCUACAAACAAGAAGAUAAUUUGACACGAGAAGGGGUGAAUGAGCCAGAUGGAGCAAAUGAAUUAGUAUUAGAAGAUGAUUGUUCACUAGAUGAUCGUGGAUCCACACUUUCAAUCAUAUCAAAUACCUUUUCAAUCAUACCUGAUCAGGACACAAUAACUCAACGGCAGCCAACUCAUCGAUUCGACCCUUCUGCUGCCUAUACCCCACAAACUUAUCUACCCGAAGAAGGUCGAGUAAGAGCGAUACAUACAAAUCUUAAUCAGAUGGCAUCAUCGGAUGGUAUUCGUCAUAUGAACCUUAUUUAUCGACAGCAAUCAAGGCCACAAAAAGAAAAUAUAACACACAAGAUAGGGAAUGAUAAACCGUCCUUUCACUCCUUCAAAUAUCGAACUGAGCAAGCCUCCAAUCGAUCGACCGAAGCAACAAGCGGAACAGAGUCUUUUAUACAGAAACAAGGCUAG